GUGACAGAAGCGAUUACAUUCAUUCGGAGAGUUAACAUAUACACAUACACAUACUGUAUAUAUACACACUCUCUCCCUCAAACUCCGGCAUUCCCAAGGAUUAUUAAGAGAGGAAAAGAGAGAAAACCGCUACCGGACUUUGAACGUACUUUUCUCCGGAUUUUGGUGCAUCCCUUCUGCUGAUUUUUUUUCUCUCUCAGCAGUGAAAGGAAGCAGAGCCUUUGAAAAAUAUAUUUCUUUUAUUUUUAAAACUGAAGCAAAAAGAAAAGAAAAAAGAGAGGGAGACACAGCCUCUGCCGGAAAGCUGCCGAGAUUUGAGAGCGUGCGAGUGGAGCAGAAGAAAGCUUUUGGAAAAUAAAAGCUUGCCAGGGGAAGGAUCAAAAAAGAAAACCCACCAACGUCUCUAUAUAGUUGUGGAAAGAGAUUUUUUUUUUUUACUCUUUGCUCUAAAGAACGAUCAUAUAAAACAGCCGCUUUGUGUCAGACGUGCGUGGCGACUAGAGAUUCCAGAUUUCCGUGGCUGUAAACCCAGGAAAUAUCCUUUUUUUGCUUAGGUCGUGUGAUAACAGAUGAGAACGGUCCUUAACUUGUAUUUAUAAUUUCCACACUUUACAUUUCUGUGGAUCCGGAGGAGGGUGAUCUGUUUGAGAACCUCUUUUGUGCAUAUCACUUGCUUUUCUUUUUUGAAAUCUCAGAGGGCCUCCUUUUCCCUGGAAAGGUUUCUCCCCUGAAACCACUGCUUCCCCCAACCCCCCAAAAAUUUCAUUUGGGCUGAAAUGAUUCCAAUUCCCAUGUGGCUGUUCUGGGCUGCCACCUUCUGCCAGCUCACUUGGGCGGUGGGCAAACGGGCUCCUCUUAGCACGUAUGUAGAAGAAGUUGUGUUCCCUGAGAGACUCAAUGCCACUUUACAUCCUGAGAAUCCGGACGCGGGGAAUCUGUUCGAGAACAGCCUGGGUCCCCACGGAGACAGUCCGGACGCCCGGAUUUCCUACCGCCUUCGCGUUUUUGGCGAAGAGCUGGUCCUCAACUUGGAGAAAGACCCCAGCUUUUUCACCGAAGGCUUGACCGUCCAGUAUCUGGGCAAAUUCGGCCAGGCGGCGGACGGCCUGGCCGAGCGCGGCGCCUACUACACCGGCACGGUGAACUUUGACCCCGAGUCCAUCGCGGCCCUCAACUGCGACGGGACCUCCUUGAUCGGGGUGCUGCAGUACCGUGGUGCGGAGUACCACAUCCAGCCCCUGGAAGGGGGUGCCCCCAACACGGCGGGAGGAGCCGGGGCCCACGUGGUGAGGAGGAAGAUGCCGGAAAAAGCCGACGGGCCCAUGUGCGGCGUCGGUUCGCUGGCGCCGGAGAGCGGGCCAGCCUGGGACGGCGAAACGUUGGCCAAGAAGCAAGACUUCCCAAGGAGAGCAAAGAGGUUUGCUUCCAUCCUGCGCUACGUGGAGACCUUGGUGGUGGCCGACGAGGAGAUGGCACGUUUCCACGGGGCAGGCCUCAAACCUUACCUGCUCACCAUCAUGGCGGCCGCGGCCAAGUUCUUCCGGCACCCCAGCCUCAAGAACCCUGUCAAUUUGGUGGUGACCCGGCUGGUCGUGAUCGGCGAAGGCGAGGACGGUUUGCGCGUGUCCUCGAACGCGGCCGAGACGCUGAGGAACUUCUGCGCCUGGCAGAAAGGUCUGAACAAGCCCAGCGACCAGGACCCCGAGCAUUUCGACACCGCCAUCCUGUUCACGAGGAAGGAUCUGUGCGGGCGCUCCAGCUGCGGGACCCUGGGCAUGGCGGACGUUGGCACCGUGUGCGAUCCGGCACGCAGCUGCUCCAUUGUCGAGGACGACGGCUUGCAGUCUGCCUUCACCGCAGCGCACGAGCUUGGCCACGUCUUUAACAUGCUCCAUGACGAUGACAAACAUUGCAGAGAGCUCAACCGCCACAGCACCACCCGCCACAUGAUGGCCUCCAUCAUGUCCCCCGUGGAUCCCGACGAGAUGUGGUCCCCCUGCAGUGGCCGCUUCAUCACCGAUUUCCUAGACAACGGCCACGGCUUCUGUCUCUUAGAUAAGCCCCAUGAACCCCUCAGCUUGCCGGCGGUCUUCCCAGGCAGCAGUUACGACGUAGACCAGCAAUGCCAGCUGAGUUUCGGGCCCGACUCUCGCCACUGCCCGAACAUGCACACGCCGUGCUCUUCGCUGUGGUGCACGGGCCGGAUCAACGGGCAGUUCAUGUGCCAGACCAAAUACUUCCCCUGGGCUGACGGGACGCCGUGCGGGGAAGGGAAAAGCUGUAUGAGCGGCCAGUGUAUCAGCAAAGUGGAGCUGAAGGCGUAUCACAUUCCCAUCCAUGGCAGCUGGGGACGAUGGGGCCCGUGGGGGGAGUGUUCGCGCACCUGCGGAGGGGGGGUGCAGUACUCCACCCGGGAGUGCGACAAACCCGUCCCGCGCAACGGCGGCAAGUAUUGCGAAGGGAAGCGCACGCAGUAUCGCUCCUGUAACGUCAAAGCCUGCCCUGACGGGAACGCUUUGACCUACCGGGAACAGCAGUGCGCGGCGUACAACCACCGGACGGACAUGUUUAAGGACUACCCGGCCCCGAUGGACUGGGUUCCUCGCUACAGCGGCGUGGCGGAGCGGGACCAGUGCAAGCUCACCUGCCAGUCCCACGCGCUCGGUUACUAUUACGUCCUGGAACCACGGGUGGCCGACGGAACGCCGUGCUCCCCGGAGUCCACCUCCGUCUGUGUCCAGGGACGGUGCGUCCACGCCGGCUGUGAUCGCAUCAUCGGCUCCAAGAAGAAGUUCGAUAAAUGCAUGGUGUGUGGGGGAGACAACUCGGCCUGUACGAAGAUCUACGGCUCCUUCACCAAGCCUCAGUACGGGUACAACGACGUGGUCACCAUCCCGGCCGGAGCCACGCGCAUCCUGAUCCGGCAGAGCGGCGGGUCGUCGUCCGCCAGCGAUGGCAUCUACCUGGCCCUCCGCCGGCAGGACGGCACAUACGCCCUCAACGGCAAUUACAUCCUGGUGCCCUCGGAGCAGGACGUCAACCUCCCCGGCGGGGCCUCCCUGCGCUACAGCGGGGCCACGAAAGCCGUGGAGAUCCUCACCGGUCGGGGGCCGCUGAAGGAGCCGCUCACGGUGCAGGCGUUGGUGGUGACCGACCAGAAGGCCCCCCGGCUCAAGUACACCUUCUUUGUCCCUAAGGCGCCGAAGAGAUUGUCCCAACAGUGGCUGAAACAGAAGGCGCGCAUCUUAGAGGUCCUACAGAGCCGGCGAGGCCGUAAAUAAGACCCCGUGAGGCGCCGGGCUUUGGGGGUCAGCUUCCAGCGUGGCACAGACCGCCCCGACGGGACGCCUGUUUGUGGGAGGAGGCACGCCAUGGGUCGAAGAGCACAAAACCGGACCACUAGGCCUUUGGCGAUUGAGGACGGUUAAUAAACCAGUGCCACGUCGGCCCCCACAUGAGAACUCUGGAUCCUUCCAGGACCUGUGGUUAUGGGGUUUUUCCCUGGGGCAAAAAAAAUGAUCUGAACCUCCUCAAGCACGCAGAACGCAAACCCAAGGGUGGGGAGGAAAUGAAACCUGAGCGUCUCACCCGGCUGGCUUUUUUCCCCCCUCCCCGGGGACACACGAGCGAGAUUCUCUGACGGAGUCCAGGGAGGCGGGUGCGAAAGAAACCCCCUCUGAUUCCAGGUUUCCCAGGUCAAGUAACCGGACAAAGAAAGUGUGCCAUCGUUGUGGCUGAAUGACAUUGGGGUCAGCCGAGGUCGCCGACCGGCCACUUCUCCGCUGUGGCUUUACCCUUGCUUCUCCAAUCCCGACCGCUCCCACGCUGUAUUUAUUAUCUUUUUGUUGUUAUUAUUUAUUCGCCACUCUGGGUACAUUGUGCAUUAGUCGCGGGAAGGGUUUUUUAAUCUUCGGCAAACGAAAAAGAACGGGACCAAAAGCACGCAGGCGGGAGCGUCCCCCCUCGGCUCCUUUACACCCGACGGUUUUCUGGGGCCGCAGGAAAAAUGUGCUUGGAUCAGCACCGUCUACCUCAUUCCCCCAGCACCGAAGGAGCUCUGUCGUCAGCCCCCUCCAGCCGGGACCGGCGUCCGCCAGAACGGCCCGAGCCGCUCCGGAUUUCUGGCAGAGGACCCCUUUCUUGUGGCCGGGAGGAGGCACCAGCGUAAUUACAGGCCUCGGGUUGAAGGGGGAAAUCCAACCCCAGAGCGGUCAGGAUGAGGGCUCCUCUCUUGACAUGCUGACCUCCAUCUUCCUCCCGCUGGAGGUUGGAAGGAGACGGGGGUUGGAGACGAAAGCAGCCUCCGCUCAAGCCGGAGAUGCUGCACGCACCCCGAAAAUGCACCUUUAAGGUCAUGGCAAGGAAUUUUUCGCCCAUGGAGCGCACGCUGCUGCAUCCGGGCUGGUUCCCAAUUUAUGGCAGGCCAGGUGGGGUAGAUUCCAAAUUCUUGUUAGGCUAAGGAAGGCCUUCUCCGUGGGGUUAAGAAGGGGGAGCGUCCGGCGGCCGAGCACCGAUGUGUCCCUCUCGGCCUUAAAAGUGAGCCCCCCCCCCGUGUUCAUGACAGAGUCCGGCCAGGCCAGGAAAGGGGAGACCAGAGCAUCCGGUAUCCAUGUAUUUUCCAUCCGAUAAAGAGAAGCGGAGACCCGCGAUCGGA